AUGGAUGCGCAGUAUCCUUUUGCUUCCCGUGACGACAUCUGGCGUGUUUUUGAAGAGCUGAAGGAGCUCCAUAUCGCCCAGUACGAGCAAGGAGAACGGCUCGCGCAACUGGAGCGUCGCCGGGACGACGAUGCGCGACUGAGAAGUCCUUGGUGCACUGUCUCGGCGUUUCCGCACUCUGUCGGGGCGAUUGCCCCAGGUAGUCCACCUCUGCCCUCCGGGAUCAGUUCACCACUUACGAAGACAUCCCUUCCAGACCCUGCUUUCCACUCACCCCCAGAUGCUUUUAAAGGAUUCGAUCAGAGUCACCAUUCCGCAAUGGCUAGUUCUGCAGUGGGGUUUGAUGGCGAAGAUGAGCCCAGACGGGGUACAUCGCGAGCCAACAGUGUCCGUUUCGACGAAAGUGCUAUCCAUGGCAAUGCUCAGGGUAUGCGUUCCGGCAAUGAUCUUCCUCUGCGAACCGGCAGUGGCUUGAGUACCCACCCACUUCUUGAGCGGACCUUUUCUCACCAAUCUGAUGGACGAUUGAGCUCUUCUGGUCAUUCGCUCCAUUCCGCUCGGACCAAUAGCUUGCGCCUGAACACCACUCGGCUGCUUGGAGCCACGCCUAUCGAGUCCCCUUUGAUCCCCCCUCCUGGACUCUUCUUGCUGGGACCGGUCCCAUCCAUCAUUCGGUGCUGGUUGACUGAUACUUUCACCAAUGCUACUCUCCUGUACGCAGCCGUUUGCUCUGGCUCUUACGUCUCAACUCUAGGACUCUCCAUAGUCCGCGAUCUUGGGAUGGAGAACAAGAUCGUGCAUGAGGGUGAUGUGAAGUACAUCAAGCUUCCGCUCUAUCUUCCCGAAGCACUUAUUCAUCCGUCUUCGUCACGCCCCGGAACCCCUACCCAUCAAGUUCCUGCGGUGAUCAUCCGUUUUGUUGUUUGCGAGACAGAGGUCGGCAGUAACUCGAUUCAAAUCAUCAUUGGAAGUGAUGUGAUGCGUGCACACAAUGCCGACAUUUUGUUCUCGCAAGAUAAACUGAUCAUGGUGGACGAUGAGCACAACCGCAUAUCCGUCCCCCUCGUGCGCCCCGAGAAGGACUCCGUGUUUAAAUCUCUUUGCACUUUUCCUGGUAUUUCCAGUUCUGGAGACUUACUGGGACCUCCUACUGACGGAAAUCCAUCCGUGGGUAUCAUUGGCCGGCCUGCCAAUAUUCAGCAAAAGUUGGCAUCUGCGCCCCCAUCGGCUCGUCUGCCUGGCAGUGAGAAUAGCGAUCCUCACAAUUCCCACCUACAGAGCCAGCAAGCUCAUGCCCACAACUCAGCUGAAACACGCCCAGCCGCUACCAUUCCCCCAACUUCUGAGCCCACCAAAACCGAGGAUCCCCCUUCCUGGGGCGGCUCCUGGCGUCGCGAUGCCAAGAGAUCCGCCAAAACUACCCAGAAGGCGACCGAGAAACGCGAGAUGAAAGUCUUCCGCACUGGAAAAUCCAGCAGCCAUGCGAACUCCACGACUUCGGUCUCAGGUCCUGGAAGUGCUACCACUGAGCAGGCCGACAAAUCGUCUCUGCCGACUACUUCUUCCCACCACCCAACUACUCCUUCGGACAAGCAGAAUCCCGUGGGUAAUGCAUCGGCGUUUGGAUGGCUCAACCCGGCACCUCACAACGCCUCGUCCUAG